AUGGAUGCCCCGCAAACCCUCUAUGACAAGAUUUGGAAUGCCCACAUUGUGUACAAACAAACGUUUUCCCAACACGCGAUGCUGAAUGAUAGCCUCUACAGGACCCCUCAAAAGAAUGACCUUGACCUUAUCUAUGUCGACCGCCACUUGUUGCACGAAGUCUCUAGCCCACCGGCGUUCAGUGGACUUCGCGCUGCUGGAAGGAGCGUCAGACGACCGGACUGCACACUAGCUACCGUCGAUCACAAUGUUCCGACAAGCCCUCGAAACGGAGGCGAGCAUGACCUAGAAGUUCUCAUAGCGGAUCCAGAGUCGCGCGCACAAUGUUCGACCCUAGAAGACAACGUGAAGGAAUUUUCACUUCCGUUUUUUGGUUUGCACGAUAAACGACAAGGAAUUGUUCAUGUGAUUGGCCCCGAGCAAGGAUUCACGCUGCCGGGUAUUACUUGUGUUUGUGGCGAUUCCCACACUUCCACACAUGGUGCAUUUGGAGCGCUUGCAUUUGGUAUCGGUUCCACCGAGGUCGAGCAUGUCUUGGCCACCCAGACCUUACUGCAAAGGAAAAGUAAAAAUAUGCGAAUCUCAGUCGAUGGUGAACUCGGCGUAGGCGUUACCUCAAAGGACCUUAUUCUCCAUAUCAUUGGGGUCAUCGGUGCCUCGGGUGGGAAUGGGUAUGUCAUCGAGUAUGCUGGGAGUGUUAUCCGAGGGCUUAGCAUGGAGGCUCGCAUGAGUGUUUGCAACAUGAGCAUCGAAGCUGGUGCUAGGGCAGGUAUGAUUGCUCCAGACGACAUCACCUUUGCCUAUCUCAAGAACCGUCCACUUGCGCCACAAGGCGACUACUGGGAACGAGCCGUUGAAUUCUGGCGAACGCUCCGAUCGGAUAUUGACGCCAAAUUCGAUGUGGAGGUCAAUAUCCAUGGGAUAGACGUUGUUCCCUGCGUCACUUGGGGAACCUCUCCUCAGGACGUUGUUCCCAUUACUGGAGUUGUUCCCGACCCCGCUUGUUUUGCCGACCAAGCUCGUCGUCAAGCCGCAGAGCGGUCCUUGCACUAUAUGGGCCUAAUUCCCGGCACCGCAAUGCAAGAUAUCAAAGUGGACAACGUUUUCAUUGGAUCUUGCACAAAUGGACGAAUUGAAGACCUUCGCGCGGCGGCCAACGUCAUUCGCUCUGCCGGACCUAGCACUGUUGUUUCUUCUGGUGUACAAUGCGUUGUUGUCCCUGGUUCAACCUCGAUCCGGCUACAAGCAGAAUCCGAGGGUCUCCAUACUGUUUUUCGCCGAGCGGGAUUCCAGUGGCGCGAAUCAGGCUGCUCUAUGUGUAUUGCAAUGAAUGGUGAUCAGCUCGAAGCAGGCAAACGCUGUGCGAGCACGACUAACCGCAAUUUUGAGGGUCGUCAAGGAGCGGGUGGGAGAACUCAUUUGAUGAGUCCUGCAAUGGCUGCUGCUACAGCUCUUCGAGGCACCCUAACUGAUCCGCGACAAUAUCAGAGUCAGACUACAGAGACCAACGUGGAAUUCGAGGAUAACAUCAAAUCUCCAGCUACGAUUCCCGAACUUCCUGCGAUGGCUCCAGCAAUCUCCCAACAGGUUCAGAAGAAGGAAAGCAAGAUAUUCCGCAUACUCCAAGGGAUUGCUGCUCCUAUGUACCUCGAAAACACGGAUACGGACAUGAUCAUUCCCAAGCAAUUUCUGAAGAGGAUCGACAGGCAAGGUCUGGCCGACGCGCUAUUUUUCAACUUGCGCCAUGACAGUAAAACUGGCGCAUCGCUCGACUUCAUUCUUGAUCGUCCGCCGUAUAACAAAGCAGUCUUCCUUAUUUCCACGGGCAAGAACUUUGGGUGUGGCAGCUCGCGCGAAAACGCGGCUUGGAGCUUAGAGGACUUUGGUAUUCGCUGUCUCAUCGCGCCAAGCUUCGGCGAUAUCUUUCGGAACAACUGCUUCCAAAACUGCAUGUUACCUAUAGAACUGAGCGUCGAGGAGUGUCGCUCACUGGCGGCUGACGCUGAGCUCGGUAUCGAGCUCAAAGUUGACCUCGAGAAGCAAGAAAUCAUUCGCAUGACACCGUCCCAAAAUCCAAUCAAGUUUUUGACGGAUGCAUUUCGCAGACAGUGUUUGUUGGAGGGUUUCGAUGAGAUCGGUACCACCAUGCAGUUGGUCCACGACAUCACAGCAUUUGAAGAAAAACGAACACAAAUGUGGCCCUGGUUGGAUGGGAUGGGUCGUGGAAGAAAAGUACAGCCGUAUUCAGACGAAAUUCGGAUGGACUGGUAG